AUGGCUGAGUGGUCCACACACCCCGACCGCGCUCUCCCCUUCCGCCUGAGACAGGGCGUCCCAGAAGGCAGCGUCAAAGACGGGUCGUCCUGGCUGGAAGUCGAACUGGACGGCGUUUUUCACCACCGCAGACUUCGUCUCGACCCCUUCGCAGCCUGCUUGGCUUCUAUUGACUACGUCCUCACGCGUCACGUAGAUCCGGGCAGAGAACUCAAUCCCAGCCUGUGCCAGAUCCGCCCCGGCCGACUGCAGCUAGAUCCACGACAGCCACGACCGCUUCUGGAUGAUCCAGACAAACUGCACCGUGCGCAGCGGCAGUCGAUGUCCAGCUGCAGCCCGCUGCGCCAAGUCCAGCAGCACCGACAGCGUAAAGGUCACGCCCGUGGCGCCAGAGAUCAGGAAGACGGUGUCAAAGCAGGCAAAGUCCUUGUGCGAGGAGGAAGGGCCGUAGGGACCGCUGAUCAGGGCGAGAUAAUACGUCGACUUGUCCUGCUCGUCCGUGCCAGAAGAACUGUGACUAUUACUGGCCGCUCUGAAGACUCGCUUGGUGAACCCCUCAUACGCGCGGAGGAUAAAGACAAGGUCGCCAUUGUGGGACUGCGGCGUGGACAUGAUCGUGGCUGGGUGAUGGGUACCGAAACGGGGGAUCGACAGCUGCGCCGAGACGGGGAUGUAGAUGUAGACCCGAGCGUAUUACGCACUAGCCGGCACGUGCAUCAUGAUGGCGAUUAUGAAACCAAAGAAGAGCAGCAGCGCAUAGGCAGCCAUGCCUGGCCGAGGAGCCGGGUGCCUGUUCCAUUAGAGGUGCAUCACGCCGUACUUGUUCCAGCUGUAGUUGAAGAAGCCGAAAUGGAACGUGGCGAGCAGCAGCAGACCCCGGGCGACCCAGCGGUGAUACACAUUCAGCCUCUCAUACGACAUGCCGGACAGGAGGCCCACGACGUUGUGUUUGCCGGCCAGCAGCACGAUCAGGGGCACCUGGGCCACCGCAAGCCAUCCAGCACGCACACCGACGGCGGUAUACCACCAGGCACCAGGGACGUCGUUGUCAUUGAACUGCGUACACAGAACAAAAACCCCGUACGCUACGAUCACGAGGAUCGUGCCCAAGGGGGGAAUCUUGAUCCAGGACGACCUCGUGUCGGGGGUGAUUUGCAGCCAGGGCUCUCGUCACAGGGUUCUUUGGCUGUGCCGGGUGUGUACGGUUUGCACGGCUGGCUCGGAGUCUUCUCGCGUCAGCUAGUUGACAGGAAGAUCUUGUGGUCGCGGUCUUCCAUCAAGUUCUGCAGGAAGAUCGAUGCCUGCGUCUCGUUGGAGAAGUCGACACCGGCAGCAGUGAGCGGUGUCGACAGGUCGUUGUUCGUGCUCGCCAUGUUUGUUUUCCCCUUUAAUCAAGAAGAAUCCUACUCGAAUAGAAUCCCCUCCCAGGGAGGGUUCCGCAGAGGCAGAGGACAGUCGAGUUAA